UCCUUCCGUCUCGCUGGGGUCCCGUCUAUCCUUCCGGUGGCAAUGGCUGCGUCGGUGGCUGGGAUGCUGCGAGGGGGUCUCCUGCCCCAGGCGGACUUCAGAGCAUUGCUUAGAGAAGUGUUUGUCAAACUUCAGCAUGCAUCAGCAUCACCUGGAAGGCUUGUUUAAACACUGUUUGCCGGGCUCCACUCCAGAGCUCCUGAUUCAGUCGGCUGCCCACCCUUCAGACUGUCCGUUGUGGCUCCAAGGCUGUUACCCGCCACCGUCGUGUGAUGCACUUUGAACGGCAAAAGCUGAUGGCUGUGACUGAGUAUAUCCCCCCCAAACCUGCUGUCAAUCCAAGAUGCCUAACACGUCCUUCCAGGCCCCCCCAGGAGGAGACUGGCCUCAUCCGGCUCCUCCGUCGGGAGAUAGCAGCUGUUUUCCGAGACAACCGAAUGAUAGCUGUCUGCCAGAAUGUGGCCCUGAGUGCAGAGGAUAAGCUUCUUAUGCGGCACCGGCUACGGAAACACAAGAUCUUGAUGAAGGUCUUCCCUAACCAGGUGCUGAAGCCCUUCUUGGAAAAUUCCAAGUACCAAAACCUGCUUCCCCUUUUUGUGGGGCACAACCUGCUGCUGGUCAGUGAAGAGCCCAAGGUCAAGGAGAUGAUGAGAAUCUUGAAGGGUGUGCCUUUCCUGCCACUGCUAGGUGGCUGCAUCGAUGACACCAUCCUCAGCAGGCAGGGCUUCAUCGUUUACUCCAAGCUUCCCAGCCUGGCCUUGGUGCAGGGCGAGCUGGUAGGAGGGCUCAGCCUCCUCAUGGCCCAGACCCACUCCCUGCUUCAGUACCAGCCCCUCCAGCUGACGGCCCUGUUGGAUCAGUACGUCAGACAGCAACACGAGGGGGACCCCGUCAUGCCAGCCAGUGGGCAGCCCAGCCCUUCCGACCCUGUUCCGGACUCAUAGCCAGCCUUGUAUCCAGCCUGCCCAUAAACACACCCUGCCCCAUGGGCUGUGCUGUACUUCCGGAGAUGUGGAAGAACUUGGGGUGGGGGUGACGUGUGUUCCCUGGCUUCUACUGACGAUGACCUCUUCAGGCACAGGGCCACUUGGAGAUAAAGAAAGAGUCCAUUUCCUUGGAGGCUUUUAAUCACUGUCUCCGUCCUUACCACCUUGGGACCUGACAAGAGCAGUCUCAGCUCUCCAUGUCCAAGGCAGAGAAGCUGAACAGAUGAGGACAUUGCCCCCUGCCUCUGUGUUCACUGUCCCUUGCACAUGUCUCCCCAGCCUGUCCCCUCGUGUCAAAAUAGCAAAACUGAAUAAUUGUGCUAAGAAUGGCUUCUUUUGGGAGCCUAUUGUGGCAGGCUGCCUGCUAACCAGUUUCCAUAUUAGUUCUUUUCUUUCUCACCAUGUUAGUUUAGCCCCAUUUCACAGAGAAGAAAACUAAGAGGCAGAAAAGUUAGAGCCUGUCCAAGGUCAUACAGUUGGUCAGUGGCAGAUCAAGGACCUGAACCUGCUCUCUGCUCUGAAGAUCAUGCCCUGGAUUUCUACACUAGAGGAAGCUCUCCACCCUGAGGGUGUGCCAUGUUGUGGAAACGUUGGGAACAUUGCUUUAUAAUAAAAAAAAAUGCAGGUUA